CGCAGCUAUGAUGCAAAUCGCCAUCCUGACUUAGGGAAGGAAGCGGUGCAACGCAAGUUCAAGCCCACCAUCACCUUUGUAGAAGACUACCUCUGCAAUGUGGUUGGACACGUGUGGUCUUUUGCAGAUAGGGAGCAGAACAAGCUUACCUUUGAGGUUGUUAAACUUGCUCGAGAGCUCAUCUACUUUGGUUUCUACAGCUUCAGUGACCUACUCCGUCUCACUAAAACGCUCCUCAACAUUCUUGACUGUGUACCUGAAGCUGCCAUUGCCAAUGCCCAGGGCAGUGUAUUGAAGUCUCUUGGAGAUGUUGGCACAGUUGUCACAAACAUGGUGCUUGGAUCCAACACCUUGGCUAAGGCACCUACGCCAACACCACGGAAAAGUGCUGCAGAGGACACCCUUGUUAUGGACACGAAGCUCAAGAUCAUUGAGAUCUUGCAGUUCAUCUUGAAUGUGAGGCUUGACUACCGCAUCACGGGGCUGCUGACUAUCUUCAAACGGGAGUUCCAGCAGAGCCAUGAGAAAGCUGAUGAGACCAUUGUUGUUGGUGACAAAGGUGUGGAUAUGGAGCGCAUUGGCAGGGAGGCUGAGGCCAUCUUUGGAGGCACGGAAGACUUGGGUGACGUCGACUUGGAUGGUGAGGGUGGACGCACAUUCCUCCGAGUGUUGCUGCACCUGACCAUGCACGACUACCCUCCUCUUGUGUCGGGGGCCCUGCACCUGCUCUUCAAGCACUUCACUCAGCGUCAGGAGGUGCUGCAGGCAUUCAAGCAGGUGCAACUGCUGGUGUCUGCCAGUGAUGUGGACAACUACAAGCAGAUCAAGGCUGAUUUGGACAAGCUGCGUAACCUGGUGGAGAAGUCUGAACUGUGGGUGUUCAAGGCCCGUGACGAGGACCCUGACCACGAUCAGGAGCUUGACAAGAGGCUCGUGCUUCAGGGUGAUUCACUGCGACCUGAGCUGGUUUCAGCAAAGGAGGCUGGAGAACACGAAGGUGCACCUGCAACAGCGGACAACUACUCAAUCAUUCGUGAAAUCUUGGAACGAUUCACCAAGUUGUGCUACCAAAUUGGAGCGGGUGGCACCAAGAAGCAGCGCAAGCAUGAGCAGCGUCUGCUUCGCAACAUGGGAGCACAUGCUGUGGUCCUUCAGUUGCUACAAAUUCCUUAUGACAAGAAAGAGGAUGUACGGAUGGGCGAGGUGAUGCGGUUGGCACAUGACUUCCUGCAGCACUUUUGCCUGGGCAAUCAUCAGAACCAAGGGCUGCUGCAUAAGCACAUUGACCUCUUUCUCACGCCUGGGCUGCUGGAGGCUCAGACACUGUGCAGUGUCUUCAAGGAUAACGUAGGGCUGUGCACCGAGGUGACGGAGCGAGUGGUGCAACAUUUUGUUCACUGCAUCGAGACCCAUGGGCGCCACGUGGAGUACUUGCGCUUCCUCCAGACUGUUGUGAAAGCAGAAGGCCAGUAUGUCCGAAAGUGCCAGGACAUGGUCAUGCAGGAGCUGGUGGGGGCUGGGGAGGAGGCUCUGGUCCUCUACAACGACAAGGGUACCUCGGAGCAGCUGGUGGACUUGAUGCGCUCCGAGAGGCAGCGGCUUGACCCUGGCGGACCACUUCGUUAUCACAUCGAUUUGGUCCGGCUCCUCGCCAGUUGCACCGAGGGCAAGAAUGUGUUUACUGAGAUCAAGUGCCACUCCCUGCUCUCCCUAGAUGACAUCUGCAGGGUUGUAUCCCAUCCUGACUGUCUUCCUGAGGUCAAAGAUGCCUACAUCAACUUCCUUUCACACUGUUUCAUUGACACGGAGGUGGAAAUGAAGGAAAUUUAUGCAUCUCACCACAUAUGGACACUUUUUGACAACUUUCUUGUCGACGUGGCCAUGGUCUGCAAUGCCACGCAUGACCGGCGUCAUGCUGACCAGCAGUUAGAGAACUACGUCACAAAUACUGUCAUGAACAUCAUCACGACUUUCUUUAACUCGCCUUUUUCAGAACAAAGUGCCACUGUGCAGACUCACCAACCAGUGUUUGUUCGGCUUCUCCAAGCUGCCUUCCGAUUAUCCACCUGCACAUGGCUUGCACUUCAACAGCGAAUGAAUGUUGAAGGCUGCAUACGAACCCUGGCUGAAAUAGCUAAAAGCCGUGGAAUUGCCAUCCCCUUGGAUCUCGAGUCUCAGGUGUCAGCCAUGUUUGACAAGACUGCCCUGAUCAGCAAACACACACGUGCCUGGCUUUCCUCUGCCCGGGCGCCAAAGCGCGAGCCUGUGGAACAAUCACCACAGAGGCCUACUGAGGUGUCACGCGGCCAUCCAAGUGAUAGAACAGUGAUCGAGGUGCUGCAAGAGCUGGUGCUGGUGCUGGAAGAGCAGCUCAGGCCACUAGUACAGAGCGAGUUGUCGGUGCUGGUGGAUGUUCUGCAUGAGCCUCAGCGGCUGUUCCCUGCACGGCCCCAGGCACAGGCCCGCUGUGCCUCCUUUGUCUCCAAGCUGGUGCAACAUACCCAGCGCCUGUUGCAGGAGCGGGAGGAGGGGCUAUGUGUGCGCGUUCUGCAGACACUGCGUCAAAUGAUGGCUGAUACAGAGCAUGGGGAGAAGGUUGAUGCCAACUUGCUCACUCAGAGAGAAAUCUGUGACCUCGCACGGGGUGAAGCACUGCGGCAGAGCCUUCUUGUGCGUUAUUUGGGCACACCACCCAAGCAGCCACAGCCCAAGCGUGGCUCAACGGAAGGCUCACAGCCACAGCAGCAACAGCAGCAGCAGCAACUGCAACAGCAGCAGUCACCUCAGCCCCAAACACCCCUUGGUCGUCCACCGAGCCCGCUGUCUGAAGUCCAGUGCCAGCUUGAUCGCGAGGGGGCCUCGGAUCUUGUUGUGGAGCUGAUUAUGAUGAGCCCCAGCCUGGCCAUCUUCCUUGAGAGUGUCGAGCUUGGUAUCGCACUCCUGCGUGGUGGAAACCCUGUCAUACAGAGGUCCAUGCAUGCGAAGUUAACUACUGGAAACAAUGCAGAGAAGUUCUUUAAGGUAUUUUUUGACAAAAUGAAGGCAGCACAGCAGGAGAUAAAGUCUACAGUCACUGUCAGCACGUCCGACAUGGCUGCCCGAGCGACCUCUGAAGAGAAAGACCUGCUGCGCAAGGACAACCUCCGGGAAUCACGCAGCCGCUCUCGAGGAGGAAAGGGGAGCCUGAUGGUGUCUGAUGAGCUGCGUGCCCAGUUGGAGGAUGCUGCACAGGUCACAGGAAAAGCUUAUGCCCAUGUGCGGUCUACAGUGGGUGGUCUCAGUAGCGACACCGGUGGCGGCAGCCCUUUGUCCCCAAGUGAGGAAAAUGAACGGCCCCAAGAGCCACGCCUGGCACCCGAGGUGUUGGUCAUGCAGCCAGUGUUGCGUUUUCUUCAGCUGCUGUGCGAGAACCACAACCGAAGUCUGCAGGAUUUCUUGCGCAACCAAUGCAACAAGAACAACUACAACCUGGUAUCAGAGACGCUGUUGUUUCUGGACUGCAUUUGUGGCAGCACCACGGGUGGCUUGGGCCUGCUUGGUCUCUACAUCAAUGAACAUAAUGUGGAUCUUGUCAAUCAGACCCUUGAGACUCUGACAGAAUAUUGCCAGGGUCCCUGCCAUGAAAACCAGAACUGCAUUGCCAUGCAUGAAAGCAAUGGAAUUGACAUCAUCAUUGCUCUGGUUCUAAAUGACAUCAACCCACUUGGAAAAAAGCGCAUGGAUCUUGUCCUAGAACUGAAGAACAAUGCAAGCAAGCUGCUGCUGGCUAUCAUGGAAAGCCGAGGGGAUAGUGAGAACGCCGAGCGCAUCCUCUUCAACAUGAGCCCCCGGCAGCUAGUGGAGGUGGCAUGUAAUGCAUAUCACCAAGACGAGGAUGAAGAUGAAGAUGAUGAUGAUGACGAUGAUGGUGUUGGGGACAACCGGGGCACGGGUGGAGGAGACGGGGUGGGUGUGUCUCCGAAGGAAGUGGGCCACAACAUCUACAUCUUAUGCCACCAGCUAGCCCAGCACAACCGAGACCUGGCCGGUCUGCUGAAACCUCAUGAGAGCUCUGAUUGCAAGACAGCCCAGGCCCUGCAGUACUAUGCUUCCCACACGGCACAGAUUGAGAUCGUGAGGCAUGAUCGCACAAUGGAGCAGAUUGUGUUCCCUGUACCACAGGUGUGUGAAUUUUUAACACGGGAAACCAAGGUAAAAGUGUACAACACAACAGAGCGAGAUGAGCAAGCUAGUAAGGUGUCAGAUUUCUUUGAGCGGACAGAAGACCUUUUCAAUGAAAUGAAGUGGCAGAAGAAACUGCGAGGUCAACCAGUGCUCUACUGGGUGAGCCGGCACAUGUCAACAUGGAGCACUGUGGCCUUCAACUUAGCCGUUCUGGUCAAUGUCAUAGUGGCAACCUUCUACCCAUUUGAAGGAGCCAAAGAACUGGACCCACGGCUGAGUGGCUUGAGUUGGGCACUGAUGCUGGUAUCUCUGGCAGCGGUGGUUGUGGCACCGCGACCAUCAUCUAUACGAGCAUUGUCUUGUGCCUGCAUUCUGCGUCUCAUGUCCUGGCUUGGCUUACAGCCUACACUGUGGUUACUGGGCACAGUAAAUGUGGCCAUUAGCACGGUGCACCUCGUGAGCAUAGUAGGAAAUCAUGGGACAUUUGCACGUAGCCUUGGCCACAUGCUGUCCGAUAUGGAGCUUCUGUACCAUGUCUGCUAUUUAGUUUUUUGUGCACUGGGCUUAGUAGGACACCCACUGUUCUACAGUGUGCUUCUAUUAGACGUGGUCUACCAGGAGGAAACACUCCUUAACGUCAUCAAGUCGGUGACACGUAAUGGUCGCUCAAUCAUUCUCACAGCUGUGCUUGCGCUAAUCCUGGUGUACUUGUUCUCCAUUGUUGCAUUCCUGUUCUUCCGGGAUGACUUUCUCAUUGAAGUCGACAGCCGUGCUGUUCAGAAUGUGCCGCGGGUUUCAGGGCCAGAAAGUGAUCCACCAUGUCUUGAAGGCUUUUGUGAUGCGUCUGAGCGGCCAAAUCUUGGCAACAAAGAUGCCGGUGAUUCAGAUGACGAUGACACAACAACCGAACGAGCUUGUGACUCACUCGUAAUGUGCAUAAUCACCACAAUGAAUCAUGGCUUGCGUAAUGGUGGAGGUAUAGGAGACAUUCUACGACCACCUAGUGCUAAGGAACCGCUAUACUUUGCUCGAGUCGUGUAUGACCUGCUGUUCUUCUUUGUGGUCAUCAUUAUUGUGCUCAACCUCAUCUUUGGUGUCAUCAUCGACACCUUUGCUGAUCUGAGAAGCGAGAAGCAGCAGAAGGAAGAGACCCUGCGAAACACGUGCUUCAUCUGUGGUCUGGACAGAUCAGCUUUUGACAACAAGAGCGUGUCAUUUGAAGAACACAUUCGAUGUGAACACAACCUCUGGCACUACCUCUACUUUAUUGUGCUGGUGCGAGUCAAGGACCCAACUGAAUUUACGGGGCCUGAAAGUUAUGUGGACUCCAUGAUCAAGGAAAAGAAUCUGGAAUGGUUCCCACGUAUGCGUGCCAUGUCACUCGCAGCAGAUGAGGCAGACGGGGAACAGAAUGAGAUGCGCACACUGCAGAAUCAGUUGGAGGAUACCCAACGCUUGGUGACUACCUUGUCUAGGCAACUGUCUGAACUCCGUGACCAGAUGACAGAGCAGCGGAAGCACAAGCAGCGCCUGGGACUUCUCGCUCAUCCCAACUCGGUGCCAUUGGCUGCCACUGCCAGUCUGAGUAUGCAUUGACUCUCGUGCUGCCAACACACAAGCGGCUCUCCUCACAAAGAAGGUCACCACGCACAGUGAGCCUGGCUGGGCCACCAGCAUGAAGUGUGCUUGCUACGUCACUGCCCCAGUGGUGAUCACGAGACUGGGCCAAGUAAAAUGGAUUAUGUGUCUUCCAUCAACACGACAAGCAGUGUAUGCAAGGGCCACAAAAACCACUCAGCUCUCUCAUUGCACUUGGAUCAUCUGUGAAGGAAAGGGGCCACAUUUUCCUCCCGCUUGCCCACGUGCACACAAAAUAUUCUGGAUUAGUCUUUCAGCAGUCACUACAGCACCUCUUUGCCACUGUUUUUGCAGCCUUUUUUCAGUAUUGUGUCAAGCGCAACUACGCUUGAGAGAUAAGAGGCAAGAGUGGCACAGAUUCCCACCUGCACGGCACACAUAUACAAAUGUGCAAGUAGGGCAUUUUGGUCGCUUCUCACAUUGACAGUGGUGCCUGCAGUGAAGCAGAACAAGGUAAUCGCCACUUUUUUAAUGUGGUUUUUUUCCCACCUCUUCUAAUGAAACAAAAACAAACACAAAAUUUGUUUUUUGCUGUUGUCAUGCAAACAUUGCAAUCUCUAUUAACCUGCAGAUGUGCUCUGUUUAACCCAUGUACUGUGACUGAAACAAAGCUUCUUGCCGCAAUUAUCACAUAAUGUAAUAUUUUUUGUUUCAUACUGUAUUAAGUGUGAUUGUGGGAGGUGGUGUUUGUAUAUUGAGCAGAAUGUUGCUUUGCGUGCUUUUCACAGUGAUGGCUCAGGCUGCACCCUUGAGGCGAAAGUUACUGGAAAUCUAACAUGUAACUUUCACUCAGCAAAAUGCACCAGCAUCAAAACAUUGCGUCACACACUGCUCGAUGCAGAGCAGAGAAAGAGGGACAGUCAGUAUAUGCUUGACUGACCUGGCCUCCCCUCUAUUUGUUUGCCUUGCCAGAGUGCUGCUGCUGCUGAUUAGAGGUUUUUUGCAUGCUUCCAUGACUCCAGUUUGCUCUAGUGUUUACUUGUCUGUGCUUUUCUUGUUUUAGUUAUUUGAUAUGUAGUUGUGUUUAUGCUUCCACUUGAUUUUUCCAGUGCACAUUUACACACUUGAAUGUGAGGUUUUUAGACUGGUGUGUUGCUUUAUAUAUUUACACUGUUGGUGCAUCCCUACAUUACUUGUGGCAUCUUUAUUUUAAACAUAGCAUGGAUGCACUAACACAUGGAAAUUUUAACAAAUGUGUGAACAAAUAUUUAUCAUCUGGGAUGGCUUUGCACAUUUGAUACCACUCUUAGUAGUUUGGUGCAAUUUACAAGUGUCAGUAAUGGCAGUGUUGUGUGUAAGGUGCUACUCAGGCAUUAACAGAAGAACUGCUGUCACAGUUCACUCACAGCUACUUCUCCUGUUGUUUUUCUUAUCGAGUGUGUGGUUAAAAUGUGUUGCAAUAGGUGCUUUCACUGCUACCACUGACUUCUGCACAUUUGUUUGUUUAGUCAGGGCCUGGUGCGGCAAGUGAAAAAAACAAAAAAAAAACCCCGAUGGCCUCAUACUGUGGUGUCAAACGAUUAAUGGGCGUAGAACCUGUGAAGAAAGGUUAUUGCCAUGAAGCCUGAGCAUGUGUAGCAAAGUUCUCAGUUGCAGUGUUCAACAGAAUGUGUGCCCCAAGUGUGUUGGCCUACUGUUUGUAUGACCAUGUUUUGUAGUAGUUCGUUUUUUCACAGAAGUCACAGCCUUUCAAUUUUUGAUGCUAAUAGUGCAAUGUGUUUCCCAUUACAGGCUUUGAUCUUGGAAGUUUUCAGCCCUGAACAUCGCAAAUCUGUGGCACUUAUGUUUCGUUUUAAGUACAUUAGAACUGCAUCUUGAUUUGUAGAAUGUGUCUGUAGUUUUUGCAGUUGCAGCGAGAAGUCUUAUGCGAGUAACUUAAUUUACCAUGAAUGCAUACGAAAUGAGAGCUCCAUUUUGUAACAUAUUCUUUCCCUCACUAGUCAGUGAACACAAAAGAGAUUGGUAUUUAUUACAGCACACUGAUCAAGAAAAUACUUUUUAUUAUCUUUUAUGAAGUGUACAAAACAUCAAUAUAUAUAUGUACGUA